UGGCGCGCGCCGACAGCCUGCUGCGUAAACAACAGUGAAUGUCUCGGAAGAUCAGAAAUGGGUACUCCGUCGAGGGUUAACAGUGAGACAUUUCCGUCUUCUCAAGUGGAUACUCAGCAUAGAGGCUGUGUUACUCCUUAAGACUGUACAGGAUUUAUUUUAGCGUCAAACUGGUUGGGAUUAUUCGGAGUAUUUGCGGAGUGAAGUGGAGCUAUCGUAAUGUUAGCUUAGCUCAUAGCAUCCCAGGGCCCUCUGCCUGCUGCUGCUCGCGCCGGAUGGUUGUCAGUUUCACGAUCCCAGCUGCAAACAGAUCGCCAUCUCCGCGUAGGCCCGACUAGUUUCAGUUCGGAUUAAUUAGGUAGCUGCCGGUUUUCAACGACUGCUAUUAAUAAAUCCGGUGAUUAACCCUACAUGGUGAAGAAUUACUUAGAACCAGUGACAUGCAGCUGACAGAUGUGUAGGAACUGAUGCGAGUAUACUUGGUGCUUGACCUUUGACGACAGACCUGCCAUCAUGAAGAGUGAGGUGCCGUCUGAGGCUCAAAGAAGACAGGACCAUUUGAAGGACCCAGAGGCCAAGGAGUCAGCCAAGAGCUUUCCGAACAAUGUGGAGAUGAUUGGAAAGGCCGGCAGUGAAUAUGCAACCUUAUGUGAUGAGUCCAGGCAUCGUGCUCUAAGGGAAACGGGGACACACAGAGACUCAGAGCGCAGCGUCAAUGGGUGCAGAAAGCGGAAAAGCCAGCAGGCAGGGCCAUCAGACUGUUCACUGAAGGAGAGCCACAUCAGUGAGACAUCAGUGGCUCCUCGACGUCCCAGGGUAGAACUUUUACAGGACCCCACUGAGGAUGACCGCAAUCAUGAGUCCUCUUUUAGUGACUGUGCUUCAUCUCCGUCCUCCAGCCUGCGAUUCGGAGACUCUGACACUCUCACCUCAGAGAAUGAGGGGGAAGCUGGCGCAACAGCGGGACAACAAAAGAGUCCUACUCUGGCAACAGGAGGAGGAACUGGUGUUGGUCUACGUCCCAUUCUAAAACGUACUCGGGGGAAUAACUUGCAUAAGUGGGAACGGCCUGAAACAGAGCCAGUGCUGCUGAAGCGAGCUUGUUUGAGCAGCCGGCGUUCUCUUCAUAGGAAACGCUUUGUGAAAACAGUACCCGGAGCAGUUCAGCGGACUCAGAGGCAAAAGGAGCGAUUACUACUACAGAGGAAGAAACGUAAAGUGAUCGCACGUAGGAAAUAUGCAUUACUGCAUAGUACCAGUAGCUCUAGUGAGGAGGUGAGCAGUGAGUCGUCAUCCUCGUCCUCAACAGAGGCAGAAGAUGAGUUGUAUGUAGAUGUCAGCAGCACCAGCAGCCAGACCAACAGUGCUACUGUGGCUACAGGUGCUCUUGAUGAAGAUGUGGUGGUGAUCGAGGCAACUCCAGCACCAGCUCCUGCUGUUCCUCCAAGUGAGGAGAUCAAUGUCACUUCCACAGACAGCGAGGUGGAGAUUGUGACAGUUGGAGAUGGCUUCAGGUCACGCUCAGUGGGGGGUCUUGGCAGGAUCUGGGCGAGUAGUUGUUCCCAAAACCGUCUCCAGGAGUCACGUGGACGUCACAGGCUCUCCACAGUCAUCCAACCGCUGCGUCAGAAUGCCGGGGAGGUGGUGGACCUCACUGUUGAUGAAGAUGAUCUCUCAGUUGUGCCAACAACCUCUGGCAGCAUUCACCCUCAGACAGUCAGGUCAUCAUCAUCAUCUUCCCAUCGUGCCUCUACCUCAGAGCUCAAUGAGGCUCCAGGCCCUUCCACGAGCUGCUCAGGCUCAGCCACUAACAGCGUGCACACACACAGGUCAAGUGGCUCUGGUCGCCUAGUCACAGAGGAUGACAGCAGACCAAGUUUGUUAGGUACAUCAGGAGAGAACGCAGCAACGGCGCUGCCAAGGCUCCCAUCCUGCUGUCAGCAGCACUCACCAUGUGGAAGGCCUUCUCCCGCUCACCUGUCCAUGAGCCACUCUCAUUCAAGCUGCCUGCAGGCCUCAUCUUCUCAACAAACCAGCGGUUCUCAGCACAGCCACCAUAGUGCUCAUCCCUUCCUUCAUCACAUCCAUCAUCCGGCACCACAUCCUCCGGGCACUUUGCCCUUUCAAGAGCAAAGCUGCCCCGUGGAGCGCCCCAGUGCCCUGCCUGCACCCUGUGCUGGAGGCAACAGCAACAACAGUAGCAGCACCACAACCCACUAUCAUGACCAGCAAACUCUGCCAGUGGACCUAAGUAACAGCAGCAGGACUGGUGGAAACAGCAGCGUUAGUUUCCAUGGCAGUACCUCAGCUUUUGACCCAUGCUGCCCAGGUUCCACCUCACGGCCUCCUGCUUAUGUUUCCCAGGCCACUCCUGGACCCAGCCAGCCAUCUGUGGCGGACUCCUUCAACUCCUCUAUGGUUGCACAGCCCCAUCUGCAGUCACAGCAGUCCUGCAGACAUUAUAUGCACCCCUCCUUUGGCUCUGUAGCACGCUCAAUGCAUCAUCAGGCCCCCUCCUCAUGUCCCCAUUCCCAUGGGAACCCUCCACUUCCACCUGCACCUCAACCCCCUCCACAGGGGGAUUAUGUCAUUCCCCAUGCUGUCCACCCCUUUCAUGCUCCACUACCAGCACAUCCCGCAGGCCAUGGUAUGCCCCCUGCUCCUCCCCCUCCACUGCCUGCCCACCACCUUUCCAGUACAACUACCCCGCUAGCCCAACACCUGCCGGCAGAUCACCAGACUCUGCCGCACCAUAUGCCAACACUUGGUGCUUCAGUGCAGAGGCUCCAUCAGCAUGAGAUGCUGCAGAGGAUGGAGGUCCAUCGACGUAGAAUGAUGCAACACCCCACGCGAGCACAUGAACGUCCUCCUCCACACCCCCACAGAAUGCACCCAAACUACGGGCAUGGACACCAUAUCCAUGUGCCUCAAACUAUGUCUUCUCACCCUCGCCAGCCUGAGCAGAGGACGGCGUGGGAACUUGGCAUAGAAGCUGGAGUGACUGUGGCUCCGUACCCUUCAGGACACCUGCACUCCCAGCUGCCCCACUACCACCCUCCGCCUAGACUGCACCACUUCCCCAUCCCCUUCAUGCACACUGGCAUAUCUGAAGUGACCUAUCCGCACAUUCGAUACAUUUCAUCUAGAAUGACUGGAUUUGGAAGAACAUAUGAGGACCUGCUGCAUUUAGAGGAAAGACUGGGGACUGUGAACCGCGGAGCCUCUCAGGGAACCAUAGAGAGGUGCACUUACCCACACAAGUACAAAAAGAAGGUGUUGGAGAGAGACAUUGACCAACAGUUAACCCCCGAAGCUUGGGCAUCUAUUGGGAAAAAUAUGCACGCAUCCCCAGAAUCGAGAAAGCUGCACAGUAAGCAAGAUGAAGACGAGGGUGCAGACGAAGACAUGGAGGAGAAAUGCACCAUCUGUCUGUCGAUCCUGGAGGAGGGGGAGGAUGUCAGACGCCUGCCGUGUAUGCACCUCUUCCAUCAGCUGUGUGUGGAUCAGUGGCUCCUCACCAAUAAGAAGUGCCCUAUCUGCAGAGUGGACAUUGAGGCGCAGCUGUCUGCCGAGAGUUGAUGCUGUUUUCUCUUUUCCUACCAACCCCCCCGUUCAUAUUCAUUUUCUCUUCAGUAUCGCAGUCAACCAAAGAUGGUAUAACUUACCUGUGCAGAAAACGUUAAAACACCAGACAAAAAAGAUCAUUGAGCCUAGAGUGCCAGCUUUCUCAUAUUACUACCACUGCUAGAAUUCUCCUUUUAAGGGUGAAAAGAUUUAUGUAUUUAUGAAGCUUUUAUGUAGCUUUUGAUUGUUUCCUCAAGUGUUGUUUUUGUUCUCUGCAUGUUUCCUUGCAAUGCAUUUCUUUGCACAUUUAACGUGGGCUGAACACAGCCUAACAACUUGCAUUGAGGACAGCUGCUCUAGUAAAGGUGCAUUUCUGUAAACCUAAUGCCUUGCUUUACUAGAAUAGAAUUUCAACCUCCAAAAAACAUUGCAGGAUUCGUUUUUACCAGUCAUUGUAUUAAUUAGAUUACAUUUAGAAGAUGUGGAUUGUUAGUGAAAGGUUUUUUUUUUUAUAUAUAUAUAUAUAUAUAUAAAUCGCGACAUUCCUAACUAGGGAAACACGUCAAAAGAUCAGCUGCUGUAUUAGUGCACAUCCACUAUUUCUAGAGUGGUAAUAAACUCCCGAUGUUCACCUCACUCUCAGAAUAUGCACAUGCUUUGUUUGCAUUGUUCUUUCCUUUAGCACCUUUUUUGACAAAAUAUUACUGCAUCAUCUCAUAUUUCACAGAACAAGAAGAAGGUCACAUCACUCUCAUGGCUGGUCUUUCUGAUUCUGCUGUGAAUUUUCCCCUUCUCCUGCAGACGGGCUCACGGCCGCGAACAGGGUUUUUCUGUAAGGGAAAACAAGACACAUUUUUCACCCAAACCUGCAGCCAUUCAUUUGUCCACUCAAUACUGGCUGUGUCAUUGAUUUUUAUUUUUUUAUUUUUUUGAUAGAGGGAAAUACACAGCUAUCUGUGAUAACUGUUUAGUAUUUGUUGUCACAGUUCAACCCGGUUUAUCCGCAGUUGUUUCCGUAUUUAUGCAGUGGUCUCCAUUUUUUUAAUGCUGCAGAAAGAAUUAACACUAAUACUGGUGACUAACUCACUCGCAUAGACUUGCACACAAAAGAAAACGAUAGCAGUGAUGAUGGCUGAUGAGGAAAUGUAUUUCUACUCGGAUAAUUAAUAAAAAAAAAAUUUAAAAAAAGGAAAUUAUUGCAUUUGAGUGGAGUGUUGAAAUGCAGCACUUAAAGCCGGUAUCCAUGUACUCAUUGACUUAAGGCACCAGGAACAUAUUCUGUGGGAUUUAUAUUAGUUUUAAAAAAUAAUAUUAAUAAACUUGGAUAACUCUUGA